CUCGGCUGAGGCCGCUGAAUGUUUUAUCAUUUGUGGGCAGUAGGCCUAUACGUUUUACGCAUUAAAACAUACAUUCGUAUAUUCGUAUAUUCGUAUAUUCCACGGAAAUAUAUUUUUUUCUGUUAAUAUAUGUUUCGCUUGGAAAGGCUCCACAUUUGCAUCCAAACAGUUGCGUCUGAAAUCUAAACAAAAUUUGAGAGAGGAAAAUAAUUUUGCAAUGGUAAAGCUUGUGAAACAAUAAAACCAAUAGUGCUAGACAUUGCAGAUUUAGCUCCAAGAGAACUGUUAGACGAUAUAUUUAGGAACUACUGAAUCUAAGUAAAUUACAACAAAAACAACAACUUUACUUAUUGCAACCACUGCAAUUACUACACAUUUUACGAUUCUACCGCAACAACGUCAAUAAAAUAAACAACUUAAACUAAUUACUGCAACUUUCAACAACAAAGUGGAAAUUGCAACGGCUCUUAUUGCAACUACUGCAACAUCUGUAACAGCUAAAGAUCUACAACAACCUCAAGAACUGCUACGAGGUUGAAGAUGGACGGAUCUGUUGUUGAUCCCGAGGAGAGCAGGAGUCAGAGUCCUCUUAUCCCCCUUACAAUAGCAGAGGAGAGCAUGAACUUCUCAGCAGAUAUUGAGGAGGAAGGGGAGGAUGGAGGAGAGAGAGAGGAGGGGGAGGAGGGAGGAGAAGGAGAAGAGGACGAAGAGGAAGAUAUUCUAAACAGUUCUCUAACACCAAUGGACUGGUUGCCCAGGUUAAAUGCAAAAGCAGGUUUAGUUGAAGAAGAACCAUCGGAGGAGGAGAGAAAACCUCCGUAUAGUUAUGCAACCCUGAUUAGACUUGCAAUUCUCAAUUCUGAGGGAGAGAAGGCAACCCUGGCAGAAAUAUAUCGAUGGAUUCAGGAUCAGUUUACUUACUACCGACAUCUCUCUCAUCCUGGUUGGAAGAACUCCAUCCGGCAUAAUCUCUCCUUGAAUAAAUGUUUUCUAAAGAUGGCACGAACUAGGCAGGAUCCAGGGAAAGGUUGCUACUGGACAAUUAAUCCUAUCUUCGAGCAACAACAGGUUUUUGAAAAGAAGAAGAAGAGUUUGAAUCUUUCCACGAGUAUGUACGAGAACAGCUUAGUUCCAGAUCUUAAGAUAAUUCAGGAGGAGCAUAUCCGUCAAUGGAAAAGGAUAUUAGCAGAUCAGAUUGUAGGAUUACAAGGGAAAGCAGUUCAACCAACAUUCACUCAACAAUUAGAUAGACCAAAGUCAAUUCCUGGAUAUUCUUUGGAAGAUUGGCUUAUUCCUAGCCAAGUUGAGCGGUCCCAGGAGAAGGUUCGAGAAAAGCUGGAUUUUCGAAGUUUGGAGAAUAUAACUCCAACUGCAGGGUUAGAUUGGAACUUUUUCGAAGGACUACUACCCGCAGAUAUAAAUGAUAUGGUUAAACUAGGAAAGAAUGAAUGCCAAGACUCCCGUCCAAAAAUCAAGGAAGAGUUAAUCUUUACAGAUUCAAACCUCUCCGAUCAAACAGCUUCUUCUCCGUCCCAAUCUCAAGCAGAUAUUUUCCAGUGUGUGGAUCCAUCAGAGGUUCUCGGUCAGCAGAGGUUGCCAAGUAUAUGGUCUCCGUCUCGACCCAGGUGGGAUGAAAACUGGAGACUGGUUCCACAGUUUCAAGAAGAGGACAUGCAGAUAGAUUAUGAUAAACUUCUCUAAACCUCAGACUAUUAUUCAUCAUCAUAUAUAUCCUGUAAUUACUAUAUCCUUCUAUUCAAUAUAUCCUGUAACUAUUAUAUCCUUCUAUUGAACUCAAUAUA